UACAUACAACUUCUCUUCUCCUUUUCCAUUUUCCUUCAUACUACACCUUUCAAAAAAUUUGGUUCUUGAAAAAAAAAAUGAUGGCAAGGGCAAUAAUUGUUGGCUUCCUUUUAUUAAUCUACUGCAUCAAUAAUAUUUCUGCUUCAGUAAUAAGGAACAUAUCAACUGACAAAUCAGCUCUGUUAGCCUUCAAAGCACAAAUAACCAACGAUCCUAAUGAAAUUCUGUCCAAAAACUGGACACAACAAGGCACUACAGUUUGCAGUUGGAUUGGUGUUUCUCGUAGCACAAAGCAUCAAAGAGUUGUUGCACUAAACCUCAAGAGCCUAAGACUAGGAGGGUCUGUUCCUAAAGAAAUAGGGAAUCUCUCCUUCCUUAGUUUCUUAGAAAUUGGCAACAACACUUUUAUAGGUGAAAUCCCCAAUGAAGUUGGGUUUCUGAAGAAGCUCAAGUACUUGUCUUUGCAAAUGAAUAAUCUCACUGGUCAAAUCCCACAAAGCCUUGGAUUUCUCCCAAGGCUUGAGCUCCUUGAUCUUUCUGAAAAUGAUCUAUUUGGAAAUGUUCCACUGUCCAUUUUCAAUGUUUCAUCUUUAAAGCUCAUUGAUUUGGGUUUCAAUGAUCUAACUGGUACUUUGCCAAAUGACAUGUGCAGUAAUCUCCCACUGUUGCAAAGUUUAUUUAUGGCACAUAAUCACUUAGUGGGUGAACUUCCAAGUGGUUUGGAUAAAUGCACUCAACUUAAAUAUCUGUCUUUGUCUUAUAACAGAUUCACAGGAAAUUUACCAAGAGACAUGUGGAACAUGUCAAAGCUUGAAGAUAUGUUUCUUGGAUGGAAUAACUUGUCAGUUGCAGAAUAUGGAUCGAAAGGAUUAGUGUCAACCAUGGGAGAUGUUUACAGCUGUGGUAUCUUGUUAAUGGAGACCUUUACAAGAAAGAAACCCACGGACGAUCUCUUCGUUGAAGAACUCACCUUGAAGAGAUGGGUGUUUGAAGCAUUCCCUGAUAAUGUGGUAGAUAUUGUAGAUGCUAAUCUGUUUUCAAGAGAAGAUGAGCAGUUUUCUUCCAAAGAGACUUGCUUUAAGUUGCUAAUGGAAUUAGCCUUACAUUGCACAGCUGAAUUGCCUCAAGAUCGAAUCAGCAUGAAACAUGUCCUACUCAACAAGAUACAAACUCAGUUUUUGCAAAGUGCAACAACAACCCAAAAUGGAAAUUAGUUUAAGUUUAUAUAAUACUUACUUCGAUUGCCUGUUUAUUAUGUAAAGUAACCUCAUCUUUCAUUCAGUACGUUAUACUACUAUUCUCAUUCAUGACCAUCAUUGCAUGGAAGAAG